AUGACACGCCUUUACGCGCUUCGCGGGCACGUAAAGCCCGUCCGGUGCACCAAAUGUGCGCGCUGCGUGUCCAAAGACAAGGCGAUCAAGAAGUUCGUCAUCCGCAACAUCAUGGAGGCGGCCGCCGUGCGAGACAUCACCGUGGCCAGCGUGUGCGAGUCGUACCCACUGCCCAAGCUGUACGCCAAGCUUCACUACUGCGUCUCCUGCGCCAUUCACUCCAAGAUCGUGCGCAACAGGUCCAAGGAGGCACGCAAGGAUCACACACCGCCCCCGAGGUUCCCCAGGGCCACGGCGGACCUGGCACGUGGGCCCAAUGCACCGCGUGUGGCUGUCAAAUAGUGUGUG